AUGGCCGAGUCAAACAAGAAGCGACGUCUGUCAGAAGACGUUCCUACUGAAAACUCCGAAUCGAAAAUGGAGACUACUAAAACUGAUGUCAAAGAAAAUCAACCCAAGCGGACGCUCUUCGUUCGGUCGCUUCCUGCGUCAGCCACCACUGACAGCCUAGCCGAGUACUUCUCUCAAUCCUACGUGAUCAAGCAUGCGACUGCUAUCAGUGAUCCGACAACUAAGCAAUGCAAGGGCUACGGUUUCGUUACAUUUGCCGAUCUGGAAGACGCGGAAAGUGCACUGAAGGAACUGAACGGAUCCGCCUUCGAGGGAAAGAAGAUUGUGGUUGAAUACGCCCAGCCCCGUCAACGUGAGAUUGAUGAAAAGCUGGGAAGGAGUGUCCCCUCUGCUGCUGGUCUAAAGAAGAAGCAGGAGCGUGAAGAUCUGAAGAAGGAAAACACAUCACCCAAACUGAUUGUCCGCAAUUUGCCUUGGAGCAUCAAGGAACCUGCCGACUUGGCUUUGCUUUUCCGCAGCUUUGGAAAGGUCAAGUUUGCAACUCUCCCUAAGAAGGGUGCGACUCUUGCCGGUUUCGGCUUCGUCGUUAUCCGAGGUAGGAAGAAUGCCGAAAAGGCUCUCCACGCUGUGAACGGCAAAGAAAUUGAUGGCCGCACAUUGGCUGUGGAUUGGGCUGUGGAGAAGGAAGUCUGGGACAAGACAAACAAGGGUGAUGAAGAUGAAGUGAAGGAGGAAGAAGAGGAGGAGGAGGACAGUGAGGACGUGGACAUGGAAGAUAAAGAUGAGGACCUAGAGGAGGGCUCCGAUGCGGAGGACUCCGAGGGAGACGAAGAUGAGGAUAUGGAAGAUCUUGAGGAGCUAGAGGAUCAGGAGGAAGAUGAUGACGAGGAAGAGGAAGAGGAAGAGAAAGAAGACGAGAGAUACGGUUCCACCAUCUUCCUCCGCAACUUGCCCUUUUCUUGCGACGACGAAGCACUCUACGACCACUUCAAGCAAUUUGGACCUCUUCGAUAUGCGCGCAUUGUGGUUGACCGCGAGACUGAAAGACCUCGCGGUACCGGAUUCGUUUGCUUCUGGAAGCCUGAAGAUGCCGCGGCGUGCGUGCGUGGCGCUCCCACAAAUAACCCAAAUCAGAUGCCAGUCGCGAAAGAACGUUCCAACCCAGCCGCUAAGCACUCAGUCCUUCAGAAUGAGAAUGACGAUGUCAGCGGAAAAUACACGCUCGAUGGUCGAGUGGUACAAGUCACCCGCGCUGUCAACAAGAACGAUGCCGUAAAACUGGAAGACGAAGGCGCUUCACGUCGUUUGGUGCGUGAUAAGGAUAAGCGUCGCCUCUACCUUCUAUCCGAAGGUACAAUUCCCUCGAAUUCGCCGUUGUACCAGAAGUUGUCGCCCUCGGAGAUCAAGAUGCGCGAGGAAAGCUAUAAGCAACGACAGAAGUUUAUCAAGAAUAACCCGGCCCUCCACCUUAGUCUUACUCGUCUGGCAAUUCGCAACAUCCCCCGUCACAUCACCUCCAAAGACCUGAAGCAACUUGCACGACAAGCUGUUGUGCAAUUUGCCACUGAAGUCAAGGGUGGUGUACGACAACCUAUCUCGAAGGAGGAGUCAUCCCGGUCUUCGGAGGAGAUGCAGCAGAUGGAACAGCUGCGUAAAAGGAAAGAGAAGGGUAUUGUGCGACAGGCUACCGUUGUCUAUGAAACCCGUGAAGGUACCAAGGUACCAGAGAAGGGAGGUGGUGGCCGAAGCCGUGGUUACGGAUUCAUUGAAUACUACACCCACCGCCACGCACUGAUGGGUCUCCGCUGGCUCAACUGCCACUCUAUCGAUAUCCCCGUGAGCGCCCAAACAGAAGAGAAAGAGAAGAGAAAGCGCCUGGUUGUCGAGUUUGCCAUUGAAAACGCACAGGUUGUCAAACGCCGCAGCGAGAUUCAAAACAAGCGUCUCGAGAACAAGGAGCAAAAAGAGAUCAGAGAGAAGGCCGAGGCCAAGGAGAAUAGGGAGAAGAAGGCGAAGGAACAGCCCGUGGACAAGGACAAUAAGGGCAAGAAAAGAAAACGUGAUCAAGGCAAGGGCAAUGGCAUCAAAAAUGCCGGGGCUGAUGAGGAGGACGACGAAGAGAACAAGGUUGCCAAACGCAAUCGCAUCAUUGCAAAGAAGCGGAUGCAGCGAAGAGGCCGCAAGGGCAAGGCGUAA